CUCAAUUUUCAUGUCUGCACCAAAAUUAAGCUCUAAGGCAUCUCGGUAUUGUGCUCAAAUGGGGAACUGGAAUGUUGACGAGGAGCUAAAGCAAGCACAUAAGCUUAUUAAGAGUCUUGUUGAGGAGAUUGAUUUCAAAAACCAUAAGUUGUCCAUGAUGCAGUCUAAUUAUGAGGAAACGAUUGCCCAUAUACGCAAAGUUGUUAUUGGACUUACAGAGACGAUAAAUUCCAAAGAUAAAAAAUUGUUGGAAUUGGAACAGAGAUAUCAGGAGAGUUCUGCAGCUGUGAGAUGGUUGAUGAACGAGAAAGCCAUGCAGGGCGAGGUCUAUGGAAAAGAAAUUAGAAAAUUAAAGUCCACCAAUGCCAAGCUGAGGAAUGGCAUCGAAUGGCACAAGAAAAGGCUCUAGGCGCUAACCAAAGAAUUGGAAGAGUGCAAAGGCACUGAAUGACAUGGCGGCAAGUACUUUAGUGAAUGAAACAGAGGGGAAUAACAUGGAAUGUCAAAAAAAUGAGUUCGAGCAGCUACAUAAAGAACUGGAGGAGCACAAGGCCCAUAAUGAUAUGGAGAGAAGAGCUUCUGUGGAUGAGACAAAGAGGAACAGAAUUGGAUGUCAAAACAAAGAGCUCGAGCAACAAACCAAAGAACUGGAGGAGCAUAAAGCUCAUAAUGAUAUGGAAUGAAGAACUUCUGUGGAUGGGACAGAGGAAUAGCAUUGGGUAUCAAAAGAAAGAUCUCGAGCAACAAACAGAAGAACUGGAGGAGCACAAGGCCCAGAAUGAUAUGGAGAGAAUAACUUCAGAGGAAGAGAUAGAGAGGAAUAAAAUGGAAUGCCAAAAGAGAGAGAUUGGGCAUCGAACCAUAGAACUGGAGGAGUGUUGGUAUAAAAUGGAAUGUCAAAAGAGAUAGCUCGAGCAGCCAACCAAAGUACUGGAGCAAUGCAAGGUCCAGAAUGACCUGGAAAGGGAAACUUUAUUGUAUGAUAUAAAUAAGGUCAGUAUACUAUAACUUGCCCAUAAAGUACAUCAGAGAUGAUUAAAACCCUCGUUGGCCAUUGCAUUGUAAAACGGCUAUAGAUGUGGUCGCUGCAUCAGCUCCUUCUUUGUUGGCCAUUGCAUGGGCAGUCACUUCCAAAAAGACACUAUCGUUGCUGCUGUGGAUAAUAUCUAAGAUAUCGACAGAGGUAA